UCCAGUCGAGGAGAGCCUAGCCUUGGUGAAGAGUUUGGAAUCACAAGGAAAUCUUUGGAGCCUGGGAUCUAGCAGUCAGACAGCACUUUCAUUACACCCCACAGGGUCUCAGCAUGGGGGCUUCUUAUGGCAAGAAAAAAGCAUACAACAUUGAGCAGCAGAGUGUGAAAAACGGAAAACACCUGAAUGGAGUGGCCUCAGCCUAUGCUGAUAUCCAAUGGGAACAGCCUCACCAGCCGAGAAUUCCAGACAGGGAUCCAUUUAGUUAUCCUCAUCGUGAGAUCCCUCCGGUAGCCAGUUAUGCUCCUCAGCCUGAUUACAUGACAGGGGACAAUGAACUCAUCAAGCCCAAAAAGCUGGUUAAUCCAGUGAAAACCUCUAAAAGCCACCAGGAACUUCACCGGGAGUUGCUCAUGAACCAUAAACGAGGUGUUGGUGUGGAGAACAAGCCAGAACUGCAGCGAGUCUUGGAGCAAAGGAAUAGAGAGCAGAUGAUAAGACAGAAAAAGCAGGAGGAGGAGGCCAGGAGGAAAAUCUCUCCACUGGAACAGGAGCUCCUCAAGAGACACCAGAAACUGGAGGAGUUGGAGAAAGAGCAAGCAAGACUUGAGGACAGUAAUUGCAACGCUCCAGAGUUCAUCAAAGUGAAGGAGAAGCUGAGACGAACAUCAUUUACAAGUUCUGGAGAGAAGGAGGUUUAAGGGUGUAGACACAGACUGGAUCCAUAUGUGUAUGUGUUUGUGCACAGCCAGUAACACAGAGACCUGCUGCAGCUCCUAUACACCACCCACACGGCAGUGCUUCUCUAUUUCUUGUCUCACAUCAACAACACCCUCACCUCUGUGUAGCAGGUUGGAGAGAGCAGAGUCCAAGAGACUUUCUUACAUCUCCACAUAACAAGGAAGUUGAGGCUCAAGGGGUUUUGAGAGACCGCAAGGAGAAGUCAAGUGUUUGGUUUAGAUUUGUUCAUUUUAUCUGCUCCAGAUUGGAUCUGAAGAGUUAAAGAUGAACUGUCUAAGGUGCUUAUUAUGAGUUUGUGUGUUUAAAUAGAUGGAUGGCUAUGUUCUGGUUCAUUCAAACUAGGUGAAAAAGUCAAAACAAGGUGUAAGGGAUUCUUUCAGAGUAAAUCAAUUCUAACAUGUAUUGCCCUCUAAACAGAAGCAGAACAUUUAUAAGGAAUAUGUCAGUAUUACAAAACAAAUGAUUGCUUAUCAAACCGCCAAAUGUUCAUUGCCUAAAUUUGAACUUUAUCUUUAAUACUUAACAAUCAGCACUUGUCACUUUUAAAAGAGUAUCUAAUGAGUAAGAUUAUUUUCUGCUUUUCAGCUGUUUUUAUUUGAAGCAUAACUCUGAGACCACGCAACUGAGCGAGAAAUCAUUAUUCUACAGCUCAGAAAUGGCAUAACCAGUAAAUAAGAAACAUAAAAUGAUGACUUUGUGAAUGUUCACAAAUACACCUUGACACAAAGUUAACAAUCUAAUUUGACUCAAAAGAUAGUUAGACCUGUGUAAAAAAGAGGGAAGAUGUCUGGUUUGGAAAUGUUUGUGCUUAUUCCAGUGCCUUUGUUAAAAUAAUAGAAUUGUUGACUGUUACCGGUUCAAUCAAUGUUGCGUAGUUUUUGUUUGUAAUUUCAUCUUUAUGAAAUGUACCCUAAUUAAAGCAUAUGGCUGUGCAUAUGUUUGUGUCUGAAAGAAAAAGAAUGGGGUUUCCUUUCAAAAGAUCGAAGGACUGCUUUAAUUUAUGACUGCUUGACCACUUAUUAAGAAAAACAAAACAGGGCAUUAUGAAAUGAACUGAGAGCAAGGAUAAGUGCUUGGCUCAGAACAUUCACUCUCGGACAAUGAUUUAUUUUCCUUUUUUCUAACAUACAUCAUGUUUUAUCCACUCUUUUCUAUCUCUUUUACAGUGUUUGGGUUUUUAAAGCACAAACCAUUAUGUAAUUCUUGCCUUUUUUGGCUCCCAAAGCCAAUGGAUAAUACAAAUUUCAAUGUAUUACAUGGUUCUGUACACAUACCUGUUAUGAUAUUUUCUGCUUUGGUUUAAUUUAAUGUUAAUUUAAUUUUGAUGUUGUUACUGUUGAUAACUGACCAAAUAUGGCAAAGUACAGGCUACUCAUAUUUUCAGUAGCUUUAGCCAUGACAUUUGGAUUGUUAUUCACCUUAUUCAGCCCUGCCCAUUUUCCAUGCUCCGCUCUUCCACAUUUUGUCAUCUAACUUCCUGUUUGCAUUUAAGCUACUGAGAAGAGUCGAUUAUUACGUGUGGGAGCACAGAAAGUGUUUUUCCCCAAGAGUUGAUGGUGUGACUACAACACCACCCCUUUACUACGUGAAAAUGCUCAUGAGGUGUUCUGCUGUCACUCUAAAUGUUUGUUUUUUCUGACACCCACAGAGAUAAAUUGGACCUGGCAGAUCACAUUCAGACAGCUAUGAAACACACUGCACUUUUUAACGAUACAAGUGUUUAAUUGUUAUACGUGUAAUUCUGUUUAAUUUUUAGGUUUCAACUUGUUAAUAAUUUGUGUUAAAAUGUGUAGUUGACAUGACAUUUCCAACAGUGAGACCUCGCAUUAUUUCACAUGCAAGUUCAUAACAUUAAAGAAAAUUACAAUUGUAUUUUUUUUAAUUAAUUUGUCACCCUACAUUAUUAAGAGGCUUAAAUGUGAUUAAAAUUGUUGUAAACAGAACGUACUUUCACGUGUGUGUGUGUGUGUGUGUGUGUGUGUGUGUGUGUGUGUGUGUGUGUGUGUGUGUGUGUGUGUGUGUGUGUGUGUGUGAAUAUAGUUGCACCCCUUCUUACCUCCCGGGUUUAACACUCAAAAAAUCUACUAACUUUAACUAUAACACGAUGGGUGAAUGACACGAGAAGAUGGCCAGAUGCCUCUUACAGAGAUAUUUUUAAUUUGUGUUGUCUCUUGGACUUUCAUUAAGCACGGAGGCUAUCAGUACGUCCACAGCUUGAAGACUGUGGUAAAGUUGUUUUUAUAUUGGACAUUCGAUCCUUCCUUUAACAUUAAUUGUUAUGUAAUCACAAAAUAGUGGCGGUUCAUGCUGUGUCUCGUUCAGAUAACACUGUAAAUCAUAAUAGCAAAAGUAAUUAUGAUGUUAUUCGAUAAAUGUAAUUGUUUUAAGGAUCAAAAGUGAAAAAUGCGCAAAUAUCAGUUAAUAGAUAUAUUAUUCCAUGGCUACAUUAAGAAGUGGUUCUUUUCACAUGUGUAAUGUUUAUGUUCGUAAACAAAUUAAGUUAAAUUUAAAUAAUUUUAGAUUUUCUUAUGAUUUAUUUCCCUCUUAUAACUAUUUAACUAAAUCUAUUUAACUUCCUGGCUUUUUUACCUAAAGAUCUCACAUCACCUGCAAUGUACUAUUUAUACACACCUGCUUCAUAUCUUGCACAGCUUUGUUUGUGAAAAUAUGUUUUUUGUGUAUUUUUUGGGAAUUUUUCAAAUAUUAAAUCCAUUUAACUUCAUGUUCAUUUGACCUGAUGAUGUCACACCACCUGUAAUAAAUGAUUUUGUGUAUUGGUUAUUAAUUUUUGGAAUUUUGAAAUCCAUAUAACUUCCUAGUCAUGUGGCCUGAUGAUGUCACACCACCUGUUAUAUAUUUACAAACACCUAUAACACAUCUUACAUGACUUGGAUUUUGGAAGUACAUUUUUGUGUAUUUUGUAUGAAUUGUUUGAUUUUUCAAAUCCAUAUAACUUCCUGAUCACCGCACUCAGGUCGGAGGGGCUGCUUCUUUCAUGUUGUUCGGUUGGACAACAUAACAGUAGUAACUUACAUAAAUCACCAGGGUGGAAUCCGAACGCUCCCAAUGUUGAGCCUGACACGGCGCCUCCUCCUUUCGAGCAAGUACCACCUCCUUUCCUUAUGUGCGACAAACAUCCCAGGCCACUUAAACUGCGGCGUGGAUCUAAUGUCCCAUCAGGGAGCUAUGCCCGGGAAUGGAGACUUCAUUCUCAGACAGACCUGAGGAUUUAGGACAUAUUCUGCAAACCGGAAGUGGACCUGUUUGCAACCCACUGUCCCCUCCGGUACUCCAUGUCCCAAGCCCCUCCAGGGGUGGAUGCCAUGGCUCACAAAUGGCCCACAAAAUGCAACUAUGCGUUUCCUUCUGUAUGCCUCCUCCAUUAUGUCAUCUGCAAAAUUCGUGAGGGCAGGGAAGCGGUUCUACUGGUUGCACCAAAAUGGCCCAAUCGGUCACUGUUUCCGGAGAUGGUGGAGCUACUGGUUGGCCCCCCUUGGGAAAUACCGGUGAGGAGGGAUCUCCUCUCUCAAGCACAGGGCACAAUCUGACCUCCCCAGCUGGAGCUCUGGAACCUGCAUAUUUGGCCCCUGAACGGAGCCCCUCAAACGUGCCAGGAUUAGGUCGAUUGGUUAUGAACACCAUCCAGCAGGCUAGACUGCCAUCCACAAGACGCCUCUACGCGCUAAAAUGGCGUGUGUUUGUAAAUUGGUUCUCUUCACAUGACAAAGACCUAGUGAAUUGUUCCAUAGCUGAGAUCCUCACGUUCCUCUAGAAGUGGAUGGAUGCAGGUCUCACCUCAUCGAAGCUUAAGGUCUAUGUAGCGACUAUCUCUGCAUACCACGCCCCAGAGGCUGGAUCCUCUAUAGGCAGACAUGAUCUAUAUUUAUAAAGUUCCUCAAAGGAGCGAGGCACCUAAACCCCCCUCACCCUGCUACAGUUCCAAACUUAGACCUGAACCUGGUGCUGAAGGCACUCACGAGCCCCUUGGAAUCUGAGUUACGUGUGCUCUCUAUAAAGACCGCACUCCUGCUGGCUGUAGCCUCAGUUAAACAUGUGGUGAUAUGGAAGCUCUGUCGGUAGGCAGCUCAUGUCUGGAGUUCAGGCCAGGUCUUUCGAAGGCCAUUCUCCAACCCAGAAAAGUCUACAUGACUAAGAUUUUAUCCACGGCCAUCAGGGCCCAGGUUGUCCGCCUUUAAGCUUUCUUCCUCCUCGCAAUUUAAUUCGGAUGAGGAGCAGAUUCUGCACUUGUAAUGCCAAGUGUGGGCAUUACAUAUUUUUGUGGCUCGUACCUGUCAGUUCAGACUGUCAUAUCAGCUCUUUGUUUGCUUUGGAGGAUGCACAAAAGGCAUGUCUGUCUCCAAACAAAGACUUUCAUGAGUCACAGGGUGUGUGAUGCCUCAUCGGUGUGAAAGCGCAUUCGACUAGAGGCAUGUCCACUUCAUGGGUAUGGGUAAACGGUGUGUCCUUGCAGGACAUAUGUUUAGCAGCAGGUUGUUCUUCACAAAGCACAUUUGCCAGGUUAUAUAACCUAGAUGUGGCCUCUCUUCACAGGCCACACUGUCUAAGAGAGCUAAUUGUACCAACACUCAGCAGAUGAGCCCAGGCUCAUUUAUACGAGCGGGUUAUCAGCUAUAAUUUUGACACAGCUGCCGGUAUGUAGGCCACUGUCAAAAUUAAGAGCGCUUCAUAUUAAACUCUUCCUCCCCAACCCUGGUUGUCAAGUACUUAUACUGGCCGCACUGCUGACCCAGAGCUUUGAGGUGUGAGCGUUGUGCUCCUUGUCCCUCAGUCAAAAUUUUUUAAGGAAAUUAUGGUUUCGCACCCGCUUAAAUAGGCCAACUUCGCAAAGGGGUUGGGCUGAAACACCAUUGCCAUUUUUAGAACUGCCGUUAUUGUACAAAGGGCUACAACUAUGUUGUUGAGAAAGGAAUUUCCCAUAGCGUCAGCGAUGCAAUGUUUCGUUCCCUUCAUCUCAGGGAACCAAGGUUACAUGCAUAACCGAGACGUGCAUAAUUACAUGCAUUUCCUUUACCUCUUUUCUAUGGCGUUUGAGUGCACUGCAAUUACAGCUGUAACAGUUCAACUGUGAGGACUUUAUAAUAGCGUUUAAGUACAUAGGCAAGUAAGUAAUGAGUUAUACAAAGUAAAAACAUGUUGUUACUGUAUUGUGAGUGUUGUAAGUGCAGCUACUUAAAUUAAUAUAAGGGCCUAAUAAGCGUGACGUAGCCAAGAAAAAGUAAAAAAUGUUAUGCACCAAGUCCAAAUGUUCAGGAGGAUAUUUAAAAAAGCAAAGAUGGGAUUGUAUUAUUAUUAUUAUGGGUAGGAUGUGUUUGCAAAAGUGUUAGAUGUGGUGUGACAUCAUCAGGUCACAUAGUUAUAUUUAUUUGAAAAUUUAAAAAAUGUAUAAACAAUACACAAAAUCAUAUUUCCAAAAUCCAAGUCAUGUAAGAUGUGUGUCAGGUGUGUGUGAAUGCAUUACAGGUGGUCUGACAUUACUAGGUCACAUGACCAGGAAGUUAUAUAGACUUUAAAAUUUCACAAAUUAAAAAUUAUAAAAAAAAGUAUAAAGUUACGAUUCCAAAAUAAAUGUCAUGUAACGUGGAAAGAUGUUGUGUAUACAUGUGCUAUAGGAGGUCUGACAUGCACCUAUUUCUGUUAGCUAUAAGUUAAAUGCAAUUUCAGUUACAUUACAUUGUUAUAACAUCAUUACAUAUCCUAGGGAAUAAGCCAUUUAUGGCUUUAAAUGUUUGUUUUUUGUACCAUAUAUUUCUGAUUAACUUGUUUGACCAUAUUAAAUUGCAUCUGGA